GCUCAAUGGCGUUUACGGUUCUUUUUCUCCGGUACAGCGCCAUCAGCAGGUGGCACUUGUUCCUACAAGAGGACUGUCUGGUAGCAUCACAAGAGACAACCACCUGAGCUGACCCCAAGAAGACCACAGCCGAAGCCAGCGUGAAUGCAUAAACUGAGGAGCUUCUCUGCAGCCAAACUGGCUAAAGUUUUCAGCAGAUUGUCCUCAAGACUAAAGAGCACAGGAGGAAGACCUUCGGCUACACUGGGUUCACGGAUUUUGACCAAUCCUGAUGACAUCUUUAAGCACAACAUGUGGGAUCAUGUGCAAUGGACAGAAGAGGAUGAAGAAAACGCACGUCAGAAGGCAGAAGAAAAUUCCUGUGUACAAAUUCCUUUAAAGGAACGAGGUAAAUUCGACACAGAGGCUUGCCAGUACUGGGACAAGUUUUAUGAGAUGCACCAGGACAAGUUCUUUAAAGAUCGCAGGUGGCUGUUUUUAGAAUUCCCAGAACUGCUUCCUUCAGGUGCAAAAAGCCAAGCCACAAACUUGUGUCUAGGUGAUCAGCAGGCAGCAUACCCACUACCUACUGGAUCUACCACAGACACAGAGACCAGACACCAGCAACACAACGGCCCCACACGCCAUCACAGAAACACAGACACCUCCAAUCAUCCGGAGUCCUGUCAAGGAGCAGCACUAGGAAAAAAUGAAGCUGCCAUUGAGACUACUACUUUCCCUGGCCAGCUUGCAUCUUUCAGGAUCUUGGAGGUUGGAUGUGGGGUGGGUAACAGUGUGUUCCCCAUCGUUAAUUCCAUAAAAGAAGCAGACGCAUUUCUAUACUGUUGUGACUUCUCCCCAUGUGCCAUUCAGCUGGUAAAGGACCAUCCAGACUACGAUGACUCUGUGUGUCAUGCCUUCGUCCAUGAUAUUUGUGAGGAGGUGGCCUCCUUUCCCUUCCCUCCUCAGAGCCUGGAUGUUAUUCUGGCAGUCUUUGUGCUCUCCUCCAUUCAUCCUGACCGAAUUCAAGGAGUUGUGAACCGACUAUCUACAUACUUGAAACAUGGAGGGAUAUUCCUCUUCCGUGAUUAUGGGAGACAUGACUUCUCACAACUCAGGUUUAAAAAGGGACGGUGCUUAUCAGAGAAUUUCUACACACGUGGAGAUGGAACCUGUGUGUACUUUUUCACCAAAGUGUCUGGUCAAAUUUUUCUGGGGAAGUGGGGACUUGGACUCAUGAACUCAGUAUUUAAAAAAAAAUCAUGGCUACAGCCCUGGUUACUGACUGUGUCAUUAUAUACAUCUUUACAGAAGAGGUUCAUGAUUUAUUUUCCAAUGCUGGACUCGAAGAAAUUCAGAAUCUGGAAGACAGACGACUCCAAGUGAACAGAGGAAAGAAAGUUGUAAUGCGCCGGGUUUGGAUGCAGAGCAAGUACAGGAAAUUAUAUCCACCGUCACCAUCUUAACACCCCGCCAUGCACAGCCUAAUUUGGAGCUAUAUGCCUUUUUUAUACUUUGCUACUUAUUUAUUCAAUCCUGAAAAACUGUUGUUUUUUUUUAACCCAACGAUUAUAUGUACAACAACAAAACUGUAUGUGAUAAACUUGUCAGACAAAGCUUUUGUGUUAUCUGUUUUUUUAUACUGUAGAUGACUGUAGAUGUAGAUUGUAUAAAUAUCAAUGAGAUGAGUGUGUUGACUAUAUUGAGAGAACUUAUUUAGGUCUAUGGGGUAAAUACCAUGAACAUGCAUUAGACUUUAAAAUUUUGACUGAUGAUUAUGAUUAGAAUAAUUAAAAAAAUAAAUGUUUCCUUGUUUUCAACUUUAAGUUAGGCUAUAUAUUACAGAAGGGAACAUACAACUACAUGUUUUUGCAUGAUAAAAAUACUCAUGACUAGUCAAACUUAUGAGAUAGUAGGUCAAAAGUUUGACUUUAAA